AUGGACGUGAACCAGGUCUUGACGGGAACCAUCUCACCUGAUGCCCAGGUUCGCACUGCUGCCGAACAGCAGUUGCUCCAGGCCGCGGAACAAGAUUUCCCUGGAUACCUCAUAACACUCUCUCGCGAACUUGCCAAUGAUUCCGCAGAUUCCUCCGUGCGUAUGGCCGCUGGUCUCGCACUCAAAAACUCGUUUUCAGCUCGCGACUUUGCACGCCUGCGUGAAGUACAGCGUCGGUGGAUCGAGCAGAUCGACCCGCAGAUCAAACAACAGGUCAAAACUCUAGCCUUGCAGACGCUGGGCGCGACCGACGUCAGAGCGUCACAAUCUGCCGCACAGUUCAUUGCGUCCAUCGCCGCCAUCGAGCUGCCCAGAGAGCAAUGGCCCGAUCUGAUGCAAACUUUGGUCGAGAAUGUCGGCAGUGGGUCAGAUCAGAAGAAGCAGGCUUCACUCACAACAAUUGGUUUCAUCUGCGAGACUGAUGAGCAAGAUCUCCGCGACAGCUUGGCCCAGCACAGCAAUGCCAUCCUCACGGCCGUUGUUCAAGGAGCACGCAAGGAGGAGCCAAACGUCGAGAUCCGAAAUGCGGCCAUCACAGCUCUUGGUGACUCUCUCGAAUUUGUGCGCACCAAUUUCGAAAACGAAGGCGAGCGGAACUACAUCAUGCAGGUCGUAUGCGAGGCGACGCAAGCCGAGGAUUCACGCAUCAAGCAAGGAUCAUACGGAUGUUUGAACCGUAUCAUGAGCUUAUACUAUGAGAAGAUGAGAUUUUACAUGGAGAAGGCACUGUUUGGGCUCACCAUUCAGGGCAUGAAGAAUGAGGAUGAGGACGUUGCCAAACUUGCCGUCGAGUUUUGGUGCACAGUCUGCGAGGAGGAGAUCAGCAUCGAGGAUGAUAAUGUCCAGGCUCAGGCAGAAAACAGCGCCGAAGUGCGUCAAUACUUCAACUUCGCUCGCGUGGCCACUCAGGAGGUUGUCCCUGUCCUGCUUGAAUUGCUCGCAAAGCAGGAUGAAGAUGCUGGAGACGAUGAGUACAACAUCUCUCGCGCUGCCUACCAGUGUGUUCAAUUGUGGGCUCAGGCAGUUGGCAGCCAGGUCGUUCCUCCUGUCCUCACCUUUGUGGAGCGAAACUUGCGCAGCGAAGACUGGCACUACCGUGAUGCUGCAGUUUCCGCCUUUGGAGCAAUGAUGGAGGGACCCGAUGAGAAGGUCCUGGACCCAUUGGUCAAGCAGGCGCUUCCAGUCCUGAUCACCAUGAUGGCCGAUCCUUCGGUCCAAGUUCGUGACUCAGCAGCUUUCGCGCUCGGCCGCAUCUGUGAGGCUGUGUCCGAAUCUAUCGACCCGCAGGAGCACCUUCAGCCGCUCAUUACGGCAUUGUUCCAGGGUCUUGCUUCUCACCCGAAGAUGGCGAGCUCUUGCUGCUGGGCGUUGAUGAACCUUGCGGACCGCUUCGCUGGGGAGCCCGGAUGCCAGACCAACCCGUUAUCUGAGCACUUCCAGGCCAGCGUGCAGCAUCUUCUACAGCUCACUGAGAGUACUCAUGACAAUACCCUUCGCGUCGCAGCGUAUGAAGUUCUCAACGCCUUUGUUACCAAUGCCGCGAACGACACUGUUACAAUGGUCGCUAGCUUGAGCGAUGUCAUUAUCGAAAGACUCGAGAAGACCAUCCCGAUGCUUCAGCAAGUCGUAUCGGUCGAGGAUCGUCUCACCCUGGAUGAGAUGCAGACUUCGCUCACAUCAGUCAUCAUGGCCAUCAUUGGACGACUUGAGAAGGAGAUUGCACCCCAGGCUGAUCGGAUCAUGCAGCUCAUGCUUACACUACUCCAAUCUCUGCCGCCAAAGUCCAGUGUGCCCGAUACAGUGUUUGCCACCAUCGGCUCAUUGGCCAACGUCCUCGAUGCAGACUUCGAGAAAUAUAUGCAGUCCUUCGCACCCUUCUUGUUGACGGCACUCAAUAACCAAGAGGAGCCUCAGCUCUGCUCAAUGGCCAUUGGCCUCGUCACUGAUGUGACACGUGCCUUGGAGCAGAAGAUUGCUCCUUGGUGUGAUGGUUUCAUGAACGGUCUUCUUAACAACCUCCGAAGCCCAAACCUUGGCAACCAGUUCAAGCCAGCGAUUCUGCAGUCAUUUGGCGAUAUUGCUCAAUGCAUCGGUGGUGCCUUCGAGCCUUAUAUUUCCGUUGUCGCGCAAGUCUUGCAGCAGGCUGCCAACGUCAAUAACGUCGACAGCUCAACGAGCUUUGAGAUGAUUGACUACAUCGUCUCGUUGCGCGAGGGUAUCAUGGAUGCUUGGGGCGGUAUCAUCAUCGCCGUCAGAAGCUCGCAAAAGCAGCAAUUGAUUCAACCUUAUGUGGAUUCGAUCUUCCAGCUAUUACAGAGCGUCUAUCAAGACCCUAACCGCACCGAGGCGCUUCUCAGGUCAAGCAUGGGUGUCGUCGGUGAUAUCUCCGAGGCAUUCCCAGGCGGCGAAGUCAGCGCCUACUUCCGAAACGACUGGAUUACUCCUAUGGCGCGUGAUACACGAAGCAACAAGGAGUUCUCCUCACGGACGAUCGAGACUGCUCGCUGGGCUCGUGAACAGAUUAAGCGACAGACUGGUAAGUUCCGACAGACCCGCUAA